UAUGUUUUCAAAUGCACAUGUGCGGUGGAACAUUCGGUGAUGAAAUAUACGCGAUAAGUUUCUAAAUACUUCUACGUAUACUAUAUUUAUUACAGCAGAUCCGUGUAAAUGGCUUUUAGUCGCAAUGCUAAGGUAUUAUGUAGAGGAAUAUAUAGAGCUUACUGUAGUCAAGCUGACUUAACGUUAGUAAAGGAGAAAAAUGGUGUUAAAAGAAUUACAUUGAAUAAUCCACGGAAAAGGAAUGCUCUUUCUUCUGCUAUGCUCACUAAACUUAGGCAAGAUAUUUUUCAAAAUGUGGAUGAUAUUAACCUUCGAUGCAUUGUGCUUGAAAGUAAUGGACCAGUUUUUUCUUCAGGCCAUGAUUUAAAAGAAUUGACCGAUGCUGACCAAAAAACUAGGGAAGAUAUAUUUGCAAAAUGCUCUGAAUUAAUGGUCGGACUCAGAAAAAUACCAGUGCCAAUAAUAGGAGUUGUUAAUGGUUUAGCAGCAGCAGCUGGUUGCCAAUUAAUUGCAUCAUGCGACAUAACUAUUGCUAGCACUCAUUCACAGUUUUCAACUCCUGGAGCUUCAGUUGGGCUUUUUUGUUCAACACCUGGUGUAGCUGUAUCCCGAAAUGUUCCACUUAAAAUUGCUUCAUAUAUGCUACUUACUGGAAAUAAUUUAAAUGCACAAGAAGCGGUGCAGUCUGGUCUAGUAAGUAAAGUUGUUAGUCCAGAGCACCUUGAGCAAGAGGUGGAGCAUGCUAUCCAAUCAAUUUUAUCUAAAAGUCGAAGUGUUCUUGCCUUGGGAAAGAAAUUUUUCUAUGAACAACAUGAUAAGAACAUUGAAGAGGCUUAUAGGUUGGGGUCUCAAAUAAUGGUGCAGAACUUAGCAAAUAAAGAAGCUAUAGAAGGUAUUAAAGCAUUUUUUGAAAAACGUGCUCCAAACUGGCAUCCUGUUUAACACAAUACCAACUGGGCUUAAUUUAUGCAAAGGAAAAAUGGGAAUAUAUCCCAGGCCUCGUCUUUCAGGGUGUUCAAAUCCUUCUGUAAUAUUUAAAAUAUGUAACAUUUUAAAUAAUUUAUCUGUAAGCUUUAUAUAAUUAGAAGCAGGAAUAAAAUAAAAAAAUUCAUAUUUUAGUUUUUUUUAUGUUUUAAAAAAUUAGACAUUAGAAUAAUUAUCUUGCACUUUCAUUAGCAACUGAUGCUAUUUAACAAAACCUUGUUUUGUAAAAUAAAAUUAAAUCUGCACAGCCAUUUCUUAUUGUCAUCUGCCCAUUAAAUUUGAAGCUUGUAGUAUUAUGUGAAUAUGAGUAUUAAACCAGAAGUUUUCCUACACGAUGAGUAGGAACUCUUAAUAAGCAUAAUAAAACAUUUAUUAUGGGAAAAAUAUAACUAUUAUGCCACAAACAUGAGCUCUAUAUUUGGAAAGAAAGUAAAGAUAACAAGCUGUUGCCAAUUUUAAAAAUCUAAAUAAGAGUUCAUAGUUGUUAAACUGAUGAGAAAUUUAAUUGCAUUAUUUUUGUAUUAAAUAGGCAAUCUAAUUAAUUUAAGAUUUUUAAUAACUUCACUAAGAAUUUGUUAGAUCCUGCUUUUUAUCCGAGGUUUUUCCAGGGAAAAAAGAAAUUAGUUUAAAAUGUUCAAUCUUAAAUUUUAUAAAGCAUUUGACAAACAAAAAAAAGUAAAUUAUUUGGUACUUUCAUAAAAUAUUUUAUACAGUUUUGCAUCAGUUGUAUCUAUUAUAGUAAAAAAAAAAAAAAAAAAAAAAAGAAAAGAAAAUAAAUGGAGGAUGAAGGGGGCCCACAUAAAAUGUUUUGCCUCCAACUUCGAUAUUUGUAAAGACCCUGAAUGCCAAAUCAAGUUUCUAUUUCAAAUGUAAAAUAAUGUAUUAAGUGUUUUAAAUUUUUUGUCUAAUAAGAAAUGUUACAUUAAUGUAGAAAAAAUGGCAAUAUAAAAAAAACCAUGUGUGAGCUAAGGUAGAUAAGACGAGCUUUCAGAUUCAGUAGUUGUUUUAUAUUUUUUUAUUGUAAAUAUUUUAUAAAGAAUGAGAGUGUACAAGUAUCUUUCCACAAAACAAAUAUAUGCCAUUUUUUGGGGGGGGAGGGCUACUGCAGGCGUUCUUACUGCUGUUUUUGCACAGAAGGCAAUAAACUGGGUGUAACAGACUUCAGAAUGCGUUAUCUGAAUUUAUUAUUGCACAAAAUAUAAUGACCUUAUAAUGUGCUACCAUUGUUGUUAUUGGUAAAUAUAUACUAAAAACUUUAUUCUAAUAAAUAUGUCCUUAUUUUUCAUUUCUUUCUAUAUUUUUUAACUGAUCAUCUGUAUAAUUUGACAAUGUAAAUUUUGAGUAAUGUAGAUUAGACUCCAAAUUAACCACAGUAAUCACUAAGGCAUGGUGUCCAUUGUUUACUUGGUUAAUAUGACAAAAAAAGAUCAGGAAAGAGGAAUACUCCAUUAUAUUAAAAAAUACUAUUUAUACUUUCCUUUCCUUUAUAAAAGUUUGCUUUAGAGAAUGAGUUUGUUUGCUCCAAUAAUAAAUUAAAUUCAUUCAAAAUGAGAACACACUCCAAACAGAUAAAACAGUGCUUUUGUUUAUAUACUUGUAUUUUUAUAAUAAGUUAGCCUGAAAUCUAAUCUGUGCUAUUAGGAGUCUGUGGGAAAAAGAGGUUUAAUAGCUGUAUACGCAAUUUAUUUUUGCGAUUUCUCAGUUAAUUUUUAAUGAAUUAUUUAACAACAUUUUUAUAUUCUAAAUUAUCUACAAUUAAAUUAUAUACUGUUGAGGAUAAAAACAAUCUCUAAAUACUGUAGUAUCAGCUGCCACCACAGACAGGAUCUCAUUCAUUUUCUUCAUCCUUUUUGCAUUUCUUGUAGAAAUGUCACUUUAUUACAAUGGUUUGCAAUAGUGAUUUUUCUGUUGUUCUGUAUUUAACAAAUUCAACCCCCUUUUUUUCAGAUAAAGUCUGGUUAAUAAACUCUCUCUUCUGUCAGGAGUUGACUGUAUGUGAUCAGUUUUAUUAGUUCUAUUUUGUUAACCAAGUUUUGUUUUAAAUUCAGGCUAAAUAAGAUACAGGAUUCAGGCUAAAUAACAUGCAGAUUAUUUCCAUGAAAAUGCAGUGGCAUGUAAAUUAAUAAAAAAGUAAAAAAAAGUUCUGUAGCAUUCUUUAUUUUCCAUAUUUCACUUUAGUCAGCUUUCCUGGUAUUGGAUGUGCUAGAUUUUGUCCAUGUUAAUCAACUAUCUAAUUACUAUCUACUCCAGAGAAUGUUUUAUUAUUUUGGUUUUAGUGUCUAGCAAAAAUUCCUGAUUCUCGAGAAAUAUCAUACCUGAAUUAUAAAUGGACUCUUAAUUUAAAAACAUUUCUGCUUAUCUAAAAGAUCCUGACCAUUUUGAGUAUCAGGAUAUUAUGGCUAUUAGGAAUAGAGCCGUGAAUUAUGAAGUAAUUGAUAACAUCUUAUUAGCAAAAGCAACUAAUGAAAGUGAGAGUUACUGGUUAUUCCAACUAGUUUAAGGUUGAGCAUUUUCUAGGAAUUGCAUGAUUCUUUAUUCUUAAUACAGCGAAUUUGCAAGGCUGUAUAUUUUCCACGGUUACAAAAUUCUAGAAACUUGAAGCGAAACUGAAAAUUAAACUGAGUUGCUUUUAAAGGACAUAAUCCAUCAGAUAUUUAGCUUUUGAAAUUUCUAUGAGCAAAAAUACUAAAAGUUAUACCCUUUGCUUUACUUUAAUGGGCAUGCAGUAAAUAUAUUUUUUUUAAAUUACAUAAUACAAAACAAUUAACCAUUUAGUAGUAUAUGAUGUUAAACAGAGGUUUUUGUUUUAAUUUUUCAGUUUAUAGCCACAGAAUAAGUGCUUUGACUGAACACAUUUAGAAAUUUCUUUAUGCUGUUAGUUAGUAUCUAUAUCUUUAAAAUCUAUCUAUCUUUAAAAUACGAAAAAUCUCUUUAUUGUAUUAGAAUGAGUUUAAAAUCUUUCCACAUGUGAGCAAUCUAGAAUAGAUCUUCAUUUGAAUUAACAAAUGAAAAUACUAUAUAAUUAUAAAAUUUCUUUGGAAAACAAAAGCUGUCACCAGCAGAUUUUGAUUAGUCUACCAAUUCCACAAACAGAUAAAAUUAUAAACUUUGUUGCCAUACUUGUAAUCGUAAUUUAAGAUUUAAAUUAUUAGGUAUGUGAGCAAGCUUACUAUAAGUUGUUCACUCACCUUUUGAAAAGUUGCCCAAAAUAUAAAGGCUCAAAUAAAGUUCUGUUGUACAAAUCCUAUUUAAUUUCUAUUUCUAAUACUUUCAUUUUAACUUAUGAACUGCAGAAUGUUGUUUUAAUUGUAACCUAAUCUAAAAUUCUAAAUAAAUAAAUAUAAGAGAA